AUGUAUUAUUUAAUUAAUAUUUAGAUAAAAUAUAAAUAAUUAAAAGGAGUAAUUAGUUUAUUAUACUACUAAAUGAAGAGGAAAUUACAGAUAUUUAAAAGAUUCGAUUUGUUUUCUUAGUCAUUUGGUCUUCUUGUUGAUUAAAAUAGUAAGAAGAAAAAAACUUACUUAGGAGGAAUUCUCUCUGUUAUUACUAUUUUGGCUUCCUGUUGUUAUUUGGCGUAUUUGUUAUAUAUGUAUUUUAACAAUAAGUUCUUGCCAAAGAUAACUCAAACAAUGUACAACUAGAUUAAUUAAAUGGAGUAGCAUUUAGAAAACAGUUUAUUUGGUUUUACAUUUGUCACAAAUAAUUAAACAAUUGAUGAGUUGGAGUAACAAACUGGCAAAAAAUAUUUGAAUUACUUUGUUUAGUAUUAGAAUUAUUCACAAAAUUCACCUACAAACUAUGAUAAUAUUCCUCUUAAAUAUUGCGAAGAUUCAAGUUUUGAAGGCUACAUUUGCUUAGAUUUAGAUAAUUAGCCAGAAUAUCAAAAAAAAAUUUUUUUAAAUUCUGCCAGUUUAAACCAGACAUUUUAUUCGCUUGUUGUUUAGCCCUGCUUGGGAUUACCAAACUGUGCUACAAUCGAAGAAAUAAAUAACAUAGUUAUCUCUAGCACUUUUUCUUUUUAUAUUAAAAUAAGAAUAAAUUAAUUUAACUAGCAGAAAAAGGAAUUAGAAGAAACCUUUUAAGUUGAUUACAUUUAAUUUGAUGAUCAGUUAAGUGUUUAGAUUCAAUACGCCUUACAGUAGUAGAUUACAAAUGUAUAAACAGGGAUUAUAAUUUAAAAUUCAGAUAGCUAUAACUAUAUUUCUAAUUUUGCAAGAGUGUCAACAUAUUUUUCAAAUUAAAAUUUACUUUAAAAGGCGGGAUAUGAAGGUUACGGUUGCUUCUUAUUCUAAUUAUAUUAAAACUAAAUUUUAAUGUAAAUACAGUACCCUUUGUUAACAGAAAUAUUAGCUUAAUUUAUAACAGUUCUGAAUAUAUUAUUGGCUUUUGGCUUUAUUGCUAAAUUACUUUCAGGAACGAAAGUGGUUCAAGAUAUUAGUUCUAUAUAUUUAAAGGAGUACUAUUAAAGCACAGCAGUAAAGAUAAUAGAAGAUUAAAGUGAAUAAACUCCUUUGAAAGUAUUGCAUUUGUCAUCAGCUGAACAAAUUUAGUCCCUUCACAAUAAAAUUUAUUAAGCAGAUAUUCUAAAGAGGAAAAAAGAAUCACAAAUUAGUUUUAAAACAAGAUUAAAGUUUUUGAUUGAUAAAAUUUUUUGCAAAAAGCAAGAAAUUCAUAAGAAAGAGAUUAAUUUAUAGAAAGAAUCAAUAUCAUAAAUAAUAAAAAAAUUGGAUAUUUUUGAAGUAUACAAAGAUUUGUUAUAAAUUAAAAAAGCAAUAAGGUUAUUACUAACUGAAGAUUAAUUUGCAGCAUUGUAAUUCUGUGGUUGCGAAAUGAAAUUUGAUUCCAAAUUUUAAGAGGAAUUUAAUAGCAAAUUGAAUAAAAAACAAAAAACUUAGUAAUGGUAAAAUAGUAACUAACAAAGCUCUUUAGCUUAAAAUAAUAUUUAAAAUACUAGCAUGAAUAAGUUGAAGAUAAACUCUAAAUUAAAUGAAUAUGAAGAAGGAAAUAGUGCUAUGGUGGUAAGUGUUCUUAGCGAUAAAGAACAAUAAAUUCAGUCAGUAUAUAAAAGCGUAAACAAAAAAUAAGUAUGCAACUAUCAUUAGAAAAUAGAGAGCUCAAAAUCGCUCAAAUAAGAAAAAAGUUGCAUAUAAAGAAAUCUAAAAGAGAUUUUAACAACCAAUUAAAUUUAAUAGGAGUUACAAAACAAACUUUUAUUAGAAAGAGAAAAUCAUCUUUAAAAAAUAGAAGAAAUGAUUAAUAACAAAUAAACCCUAUUUUAAUAGCUGAGUUCUUUUAUAGAGAGAGUUAAAUCAAACAAUAAAAUAUCUCCAGUUGAUAUUUAAAUUUACUCUUCUCUCAUUAAUAAAAAUUAUUUCUAAAACUGUAACUAAAUCAAUUAAUUAAAUAAAUAAAAUUCAUGA